AUGCUCGACCUUUACCGUCGCCAGAACCCUCCCAUCUUUCAAGGGAAGCUUGGCGCAGACCCUAGCGAAGGGGAAUUCUGGAUCGAGCAAACAGAGAAGCUGCUAGACCACCUACAUUGCGGAGAAAAAGAGAAAGUCAACUAUGCCACCUUCAUGCUGCAAGAUGAGGCAGACAGAUGGUGGAAAGGAGUCAAGAGGGCAAUGACCCCUCGAGCUAGAGCACCCUACAUCACUUGGGAGCGAUUCAAGGAACUCUUCAAUGAGAAGUACUUUCCCCUGAAUUUAAGAAUGAAGAAGGAGAAAGAAUUCAUGGAGCUAAAGAAAACCAAGGAUAUGACUGUCGCCCAGUACAAGGAUGCUUUUAGCCGAUUGAUUAGGUACAUGCCUAUUUAUGAAGGGGAUGAAAGGAUCAAAGCACAAAACUUUUUUGGGGGGGCUGAAUCUGAAGCUUCAAAGGGCGUUGAGUAG